CAAGAAUAAUACGGGUACCAUCAAGCUAGGAUUGCAUGGCCAGCAAACGUUCUCACGUUGCGAGAGGGAGCAAAAAACAAUUGAAGGUUACACGUGAUUCACCACGUGGUACGGAGGGUGGGCGUGGAGUGAUGUAUGUUGGACACAUUCCUCACGGAUUCUACGAGGAACAGAUGAAAAAAUUCUUUUCUCAGUUUGGACAUGUCACAAGAGUUCGUCUUGCAAGAAGCAAAAAGACUGCUAAUAGCAAAGGAUAUGCGUUUCUGGAGUUUGAGUUUGAUGAAGUAGCGCAAAUUGCAGCUGAAACGAUGAACAAUUAUCUCAUGUUUGGAAAGCUAUUGAAAUGUAAUUACAUUCCACCAGGCAAGGUUCACCCCUAUCUUUUCAAAGGAGCUGGACGAGCACUUAAACGUUUACCAAGACGAAAGAUAUUCGUACAACAAUACAAUAGGCCACGGACAGUUGAGGAACACAGCAAACUUGUUCGGAAGCUUGUCAAGAAGGAAGACAAGAAGAGAGACAAAAUGAAAGAAGUUGGAAUCGAAUAUGAAUUUCCAGGAUAUAGAGCAAGAUUAACAGCAGAGGCGAAGCACAUGAGAUUUACGUGACAUCAACUCAUCACAUCUUCAAUAUAUUGCUCACUGUCUAGUAGAAUGCAAACAUACAAGCUCGGCUUACUGUAGAGUCAUACAACUAGUUUCUCUCUCCUACAGUGUUGUUUGCUACACCUCCUUGUUUGCCUGCGAUUUGUAAAAGUUAGAAAGGACCUGCCAGGCCUUUGGGGCCAUGAAACCA